AUGUCUACCCUCUCGAAAGUCGGAGCUGAACCCUCUAUCUCUUAUACCGAAGAAGCUACGGACGGCCGACGAAUCAUCCCGGACUCGGAUUUAGUCGGCACCCAUCCCUUCUCCGCAGCGCGUCUGUGGAAUCGUGAACCAUUGGAUGAUUUUUACAAAGAGGCGUUGGAAAAGUAUCCCAAUGAGGCGAGCAUUGAUCCUAUUGAGGAGAUGAAGUUGAGGAAGAAGAUUGAUAGACUGAUUAUCCCUUGUCUAGCUGUUUGUUACGCGUUCUAUUACAUUGACAAGACGACUCUAUCAUAUGCUGCUAUCUUCGGUAUCAAGUCGGAUCUCAAGUUGCACGGAACUCAGUACAGUUGGCUCUCGUCCCUGUUCUACUUUGGCUGGCUAGCAUGGAGUUUGCCCUCCAACCUCCUCAUGCAACGAUCUCCGAGUGGAAAAUACCUGGCAAUCAAUAUUUUCUUGUGGGGCGUUCUACUCAUGGCUCAGGCAGCUUCGCGCAAUUUUACAGAACUGGCCGUUCUUCGUAUCUUGUCAGGAGCUUUCGAAGCCAUAGCUGACCCUGCAUUCAUGCUUAUAACCACAAUGUUUUACCGCCGCUCCGAGCAGCCAUCUCGAAUAUCCAUGUGGUAUGCCGCGAACGGUGUCGGUGUUGCCGGAGGUGGAUUACUCGGGUAUGCGAUUGGUCAUAUAAAGGGCUCGUUGGCGAGCUGGAAGUAUGAAUUUUUGAUCGUCGGCGCCCUUUGUUCUGUCUGGGGCAUCGUGCUUUUCUUCAUUCUUCCCGACUCUCCUCCAACCACACGUACAUUCACUCGUGGAGAACGGCUUCUUGCCGUCGGUCGGCUGAGAGAGAACCAGACUGGAGUAGAUAAUAAGAAGUUCAAAUGGGAUCAGUUCCGUGAAACCUUCUACGAUCCCAAGACGUGGUUAUUCUUUUUACUAGGAUUAGUGGGAAACAUCCCGAAUGGAGGGAUAAGCAAUUUCUCGACACUCAUUAUUGAAGGACUGGGCUUCGACACUCUUCAAACGACUCUUUUGGGCAUCCCUCAAGGUGCGCUAGUGUGUAUCUGGAUUGGGUUGGGAGCAUUCUUGAAUGGACGUCUUCCCGCCAACUCCAGGACCCUCGUUUGCAUACUAUUCAUGCUCCCUACCAUCGCCGGCACACUGGGUUUCCUUCUUGCUCCUCAGGACGCCACAGCAGGAAGGUUGAUAUGCUAUUAUUUAACCGGAUCCUAUCAAGCCUCUUUUGUCCUCGGGCUAAGCAUCAUCACGAGCAAUACAGCAGGGCAAACAAAGAAGCAGCUGACUAGCGCGAUGAUUUGGUUGGGGGCUUGUGUGGGUAACAUCAGUGGUCCCUUUUUCUACCGCACCCAAGACGCUCCAACGUACCACCUAGGAAUCGGUUCGAUGCUCGUCAGCAAUUGCAUUGAAGUUCUCAUAUUCAUUGCAUUGAGGUUUUACCUUAUCUAUCAAAAUCGUAAACGCGACAAUCUUGCGGCUGCCGUUUCUGAGCCUACCAAGGAUAGCGAAUCGCUUGGGGGCAUUUCCACUGUUCGUCCCCACGAGAACGACACUGCGUUUGCGGAUAUGACGGAUUUGCAGAACGUCAAGUGA